AUGGAGCCACGUAAUUACACUGUCCUGUAUGAUAACGGCACUAUAGAACACAUCACAAACCACACCAACAGUGAAAUCCAGGCUUCUCACAAUUCGCAGGCUAAUGUCGGGUUUCUUUAUGGCGCGUUCGUGCUUGUGGUUGCGAUCACUAUCCUCGUGAUAAAUGCUCUCAUAAUGGUCGUAUACGUCAGGUUCGACUUUCUAAGAACGCAAAGGAACUACUUCAUCAUUAAUCUGGCAUGUGCAGAUACAUUAACAGCGGUCGCAGUUGGAGCAACUGUAUUCCUCAGAGCUUUCAUACAUGAGUAUCAUAAGACAAAGAUAGCUUGUGGUAUAUACGUUUUUGUCGCCUACGUCUCACUUGGUGCAUCAAUGCUGACGAUUGGACUUGCGACGUUGGACCGCUACAUUGCUAUCGUCCAUUCCGUUUCCGCUACAGCCAGCUGA